UGUACUCUCACACACAGAAGUUGAAAGACUUAACCAUCUGUCAGUUACGCCUAAUAGCAGCGAAGUAAAAAAACUGAAUAUCAACCGUCAUAAUUUAAAAAAGGUUCAGUAUGGCUUUAAUUCCUCCUGGUGGACUUCCGGAGAUUGUCUUCUCCUUCGACACAACAGGCUCAAUGGAAGCCUGUCUGGCCGAAGUCCGAGGUCGACUCCAGGACAUGAUACAGCGACUCCAAGCUGACAUACCCGCAAUCAGAAUAGCCGUUUUCGCACACGGUGAUUACUGUACCAAAUCCAGGUAUGUCACAAAGUGGAUCGACUUCUCCACUAACGUCAAAGAACUCUGCGACUUCGUCAUGAACGUCGAAAAUACAGGAGGAAACGCAGACGAUGGCGAGUGUUACGAGCUUGUUCUCAGACAAGUUCGGGAGGAGUUGUCAUGGACACCAGGAUCUAACCGUGUUCUCGUCGUUGUCGGGGAUGACAACCCUCACGAUCCGAACUUCAGAGGCAAUACACAAAAGAUAGACUGGAGAAAGGAAAUUAAAACACUCCAAACAACGGGAAUAAGAAUCUACGGAGUUGAGUGCGACAGUCGAGCUAGGGACUUCUUUCAAACCAUUUCCAACGAUACAGGAGGUCGGCAUCUUAAAUUGGACAACUUUACGAACAUCUUUGACUUCCUCAUGGCCAUCUGCUACAGGGAGCAUGGAGCAGACAUCCUUCAUUUAUACGAGAAAGAGGUUCGAGCCCGCGGUGGGGAUGGCACUCUCAGCAAAGACAUGGAAGGAAUGUUUACAUCCCUUCGUGAUGGAAUAGUUCCCCCUGUUCCAUCAACGACAUCGACAACGACAACCACGAAGACAAGCGGUGCCGCAAAGAAAGGUGUCAAAGCUUCCACCUUGAAGAAAACAACAUUCAUGCAAACGGUCAGGAAACCCAAACCUAGAUCCAUCAAGAGACCAAGAACAACAUCUUUGAAGGUACAAUCAUCUCCCAUUUCGUUAAAGAUGCACGGCAACCAGAAACCAACAAGGUUUGCGGCACCUCUUCUGAGAAGAGAGGAAGUCUUUGAAAAUAACUUUAGCUUAAGAGACAUGGACUGGUCACCCUGGGUCAAAGUCAUCUCCCCUGACGUUCCUCUCAAACAGGAAGCACAAUGGGAGAAAAGACGGGGUGCCAACCCUGGAUUCAGGAAAAGGACAGUAUUCAAGUCCCAGAACAAUAAGCCAGCUCUCUACGAGUUCAGUGUUCAGACGAUCAAGUACGGACGUAGGUGUGUGGUAUUCAGCAAGUUCUGCCACCAUAUUCCCGAUAAUGUGAACUGGGAAACACGACUCUUUGGAAACAAACUCGUGCGAGCUCAGGUGAACAAUGUUGUGUCUCAGAAGUGCAGCAUCUUUGUGCGGAGGGUGGUGUACAGAAGAGCAUCGGGUCACGUCAAAACGGUCGCAAUGAUGAAGUCCUAUGACUAUGCUUGGAGGCGUCUAAGGUCACGAUCCACUGCUCGACAUGUUUACAAACAAGGCAGCACAAUUUCAUCAGAGAAAGUAUAGAAUGUUUCUGAAUAUUGAAUGACUCAAACGGUCUUUCUUAAAUGAAAUAUGUGUUACGAGAGUCCAUAUUCAUUUGCAUUUGACUUUGAAAGACAUCGAGGUCGAAUCUCGUAUUGUACAACUCGUCUUAUGCUUUCUGUGAAGUAGAAAGCUUGGUGUGUCAUAACAGUGCGUGACUGAGAGGUGUGUUUUACAGAAUGAAAGAGACUGAUAGAAAUUGUAAAAUAUUGUGCAUAUAUUCAUGUUACGAUGUCUA